UUGCUGCGCGUUGAGUCUAAAUUUAAAGGGCCCGCUGCCUUCCAGAAGUUGGUCUGAAGGCAAACGGUGGUUGUGUUUUUGUGCGGACUACGUUUUGUCAUGGGACCUGUGCGCCUGGAAAUAGUGUUUUUCAUCCUGGCAGCUUACGGUGCUUGGGCUGGGAGGACCAAAGAGGCGGAGGAUGACACAGAACGUUUGCCCAGCAAAUGCGAAGUGUGUAAGCUGCUGAGCAUGGAGCUACAGGAAGAGCUGAGCCGCACUGGCCGAUCUCGAGAAGUGCUGGAGCUGGGGCAGGUGCUAGACACAGGCAAGAGGAAGAGACACGUACCUUACAGCCGCUCGGAGACGAGGCUGGAGGAGGCUUUGGAGAAUUUAUGUGAGCGGAUCCUGGAUUACAGUGUACACGCUGAGCGCAAGGGCUCACUGAGAUAUGCCAAGGGCCAGAGCCAGACCAUGGCAACACUGAAAGGCCUAGUACAGAAGGGAGUGACAGUGGAUCUGGGAAUCCCUUUGGAGCUGUGGGACGAGCCCAGCGUGGAGGUCACAUUGCUCAAGAAGCAGUGUGAGACGAUGCUGGAGGAGUUCGAAGAGGUUGUGGGAGACUGGUACUUCCACCACCAGGAGCAGCCCCUACAGCAUUUUCUCUGCGAAGGUCAUGUGCUUCCGGCCUCCGAAACAGCUUGUCUACAGGAAACUUGGACUGGAAAGGAGAAGAUCAGUGAUGGGCAGGAGGAGGAGGAGGAGGAGGAGGAGGAGGAGGAGGAGGAGGAGGAGGAGGAGGAGGAGGAGGAAAUAACCAAGACUUCAGGCAAUCCCAAGCAUGACCCAGAAGAUCUUUGACCCUGACUUUUGAACCCCAAGGAGGGGCCAUAGAGAGCUUUCUAGACUCUGAGCUCUCCCUUCCCCACCCUAAAGGCUUGUAACUGUCCCUUUCGUAUGAUCUCAGGCAUGAUCCUGGGGGGGGGGGGUGUG